AUGUCUGCUCUCUUGAAGAACAAUAAAGUUAUCGGAGGACUUAUUGCGGGUCUUGGUGGCGCCACUGCUAUUUACACCUUCACGCCUCAGAUUAAUUCCUGGUUUGGUUUUGGCAAUGGUGUUGAUGAGAACACGAUCAAGAAAAUCGAAGAAGGUUACCAAAAAUUGAAUGGACCAGAAGGAAAAAAUUGCAAAUCGUUGCUAAAAAAGCAUCUAACGAGGGAUGUUGUUGAUGAAUUGAAGUACAAGAAAACAAAACUCGGUGCAACGUUGUACGACUGCAUUCGAUCAGGUACACUCUAA